AUGUUCCGCCAGAUCGCGCCCAAUGGCAUUGUCAACAAGCAGGUUGUUGACAAGAGGAUUGAUCCUUCGGCUGCCCUCGAUAUCGAAGUCCCAUCGCAAGAUGGCCUGAAACUCGCGCAGGCACAUAGUUCAGAUCAUCCGAACGAAAGUCAACCUGCGAACAAUACCGCGGCCUCAGAUGCUCAGACUACCAGCACUUCGACUAGUGCUACAUGUCCUGUAUCUGGUGCAAGCAUGAGCGCCGCGCUAUCCGCAGGAUGUCCAGUGAUGAGUGCUAUGCAGCAGAAUAUGAUCGGCACUCAAGCUUCAGAUCCUGAGGGCGAGAAGGCGAACGAGCCUACCAACACAGGAAACAUUCCUCGCUCAGCAUACUCAUCCUCCGUGACUGGCAACGAAGAGAAACGUAUGUCGGCCAGCAACAAGAUCGACUAUAGCAAAGACGCCGGGGUACAUGACCACGUUGACGAGCACCUCGAGAGCUCGGCUGCAGAAGUGCAUCCUCAUCCUCACACUAUGGAGCAAUCGGUCAAGCCAGUGAUUGGGGACGCUGUCGUGACUGGUGCUGAAUCUCAAGAGACCAAGCUCACACAUCAUGAGAUGAGCAGCAUAACAAAGAAUGAGGAGCCGUUGCUGAUGAACAGAGAGUGA